AUGAUCGAUGUCAGAACACAAAUACAAGAUCGUCUUAAUAAGCAUAUGAUUCAUCCUGGUGGCAUGUUCGUUUUUCAAUGCUCUCGUGAAUGUCAUUGGAUGUUUUAUUUUGAAGAUUGUGGAAUUCCAAAUGAUCGUCGACAAUGUCCGCUUUGUAAAAAAGAUAUUGGUGCUUCUGGAUAUAAUCAGUUGAUUCAACGGAAUCCACCACAAAUUCAGAUGAAUCUGCAAGAUGGCUUUAGAGAAAUAGAACAAUAUAUGAAAAAUUAUAAUAGUGUAUUAAGAUUAGGUUAUCAUAAUGUUACAUCUACUAUCGAGCUAACGCCUGAUGAAAAACCUGAUCAUUUGAAUCGAAUUGUUUCUUUUAGAUUUCUUCAUAUGUGGGCUCAUGCACAAUUACUUGUUUUGCAUGAAUUGAAAUAUUUAAGUGAUGAUGAUCUUCUUCAAAGAUUAAAAGUACCGAAUAUUUUACAUUUUUGUCAACAUUUUGACAGAGAUUGUGAGUUUAUGGAAGGAGUAUCGAUUGAACCCGAACAAUAUCAUAUAUGGUUAUUCAAACUCAUUAAUCACAUGCUUAAUAAAAAUAUUGAUAUUAUUGGUAUUCUAAAUACAAACGAAAACGUAAUCAAAGUCGAACAAUUAAUUGAACAACAAAUAAUUUUUCCUCAUGUUGACUCAAUUAUUAAUGAAGUAGGAAUUUAUCGUGCGGCAUACAUUGAUUUUGUUCAAAAAUUUGAUGCAGAGAUUUCAUUGAGUAACUAUAUUGAUGAAUUACGACAAAAUGAUGAACGUUAUCCAUUACUUUCAUAUUUUAAUGCAAACCGAAUUCUAACAACGAAUCCACUUGAAGAAUUUCGUGUAAAAAUGCAAACUUUACCUUUCGGUGACAAGAUGUGUCCUUUGACGACGUUUUUAUUAAAACGUCUUGAUGAAUAUUCCAAUAUUCGAUAUUUAUAUCCAAUUAUGGAAUUUUCAAAAUAUCUUAUUCAUAAAUACAAUCAUCGAAUUCAACGAAAUAACGCUGCUACUAUGACAAUUGAAGACACACUUCAAAAAGAAGAUUUUGAUAAUCAAAAUAUGCGUGUUCUUUGCGAUCAAUUCAUUGAUGCUUGGUACAAAAUCAAUCUGUCUAGUUUUCGUUUUGGAUGUCAAGCACCUAAAUUCAUUCGACCAUAUCCUCGUGAAGAAUUUGCUAACAAAACAAGUUUAGCUUGUGUUUUAUUAAAUAAAUCGAAAGAUGACAGUAGUUUUUUAUUAAUUGCAUGUAUACAUACAUUAGCUGAAUUACAAAAUGAGAUCGUUACGUACUUUCGAAAAGUCGUUAUCAACGAAACAACACCAAAUACGCGUGUUUUUCUCAAUGCAAUUCGACCCGAACAUUUACUUCAGCUUGGAGAAUCUGAACUAAUCAAUAAAUUAGUCAAAGAUAGUUUUGUUAUCAAUUAUGAAUAUGGUCAAGGACGUGAUCUUAUUUAUGAUUAUGAAGAAAUUGAAACAGAAAUGCGAAAUCUUGUUAGUAGUCUUUGUUUAUUUGAUGCAGAUAAUAUACCUAUGUUCAAUUAUCAAUUUGAAUUAUAUAAUGAAAAUAUUUCUCUUAUUACCAAUAUUCGACGACGAAUUCCUCAAACAUUAUUAUCUUUAGUUGAUCGAGCAAAAUUCAAAAGUUUACUUGUUCGAAUGGAUCAUUAUAAUAUUGUCCAUUGUCUAGGCUUUUUAGAUAAUGUGUUUACAUAUCUAUGCAAUAUUGAUGAUGAUUUAUCAGAAAUGAACAUAGAAAACUUUGUUGAAGAACAUAUGAAUACUAGUGCAUGUCUCAAUGAAGAUAUAUUUCGGCGUCCACCAUUUUCAACAAUUUUACUCAUUCAUAUAAUUUCUUUGUAUGAAUUAAUAGAAGAAGUAGCUUUUGAUAUUGUACUUCGUAAAAAUGUCAAAGCAGAAUUACGUGAAGCAGAACUGGAUGAUCAAGGUAAAAAAAAAUUGUUGCUCAAACUUUUGGUAAAGAUAACAUUCCACCAGCAUUGA